GACAAUCGACGAUCGAAGCUGCUUUUUUCGGGUACGCGACGCGCUGUCGUUUCGGUUUUUUUUUUUCGAGGUACAUUUUCGCGAGCGGUGUGUGUGUUGUGUGAGUAGAGCAGAGUGUAUUUUUUGGAAGACAGCCGAAAAACAAAAAGAAGGUACAGAACGGUACGCAUUUUGCGGUAGUCGAGUGUUAUUUUUUCCUGUGGAGCAUUUUCCGCGCGCGAGGCUUUUCUGUGUUAAGUGAACGGGAUUGUUUUUCCGAGCGAUAAAACGGAAAGGAACAAAAGCGGAUCGGAUCGGGUUCACCGAUCUGCUGCUGCUAUUAUACAGCGAGCGGCGUUGCGUUUUCCGUGGUAUCCGAAAAACGAAAAAGAAGCGAAAAAAAUACUUCACCAAUCUUGGCGUACGUGUGUGUAGAAGUUGUUUUCCUUUUUCGGGUUUUGUGUUUUUUUUUGCUUGUUGGCUCGUUGGUGCAUUCGAAUAACCUAACAUCGGGCAGCUGGAGGAGACGAAGAAGGAACCUAACGAAAAUUGAACGAGAGUCGCUUCUGCCGUCAAGGUAGGAUAACCCGAGCAAAAAAAGAGUUGGAUUUUUUUUGUUUUUGAGUGGAAAAGUGUUGAAAAUGUGUGAAGAUGCCAGGUUGAUAAGAAUGUAAUGUUUUUUUUUGAAAACAAAAAGUGAAUGUUUUUGUCUGCUCGGAGAAGGAGGUGAAAAAUUUGCGGCUGUGUGUGAAGCAACAAAAGUAUUGCCUGCCGAAGAGAGAGAAAGGCUACUUUCGAAGCGGCACCGAAUUCCAACAAUAUUUUGAUUUGUCUGGUUGUGCUAUUUUCGGUGAAUUUUCCGUGUGUUUCCGAAUAGACAUUUUCUCGACUGUGGCUGCGAGUCGAGUUCAGUUCAGGCUGCCGCCGACGAGAGGAAAGGUGUGAAGCGAAAUAGUAGCAAAAACAAAGAAGAAACAUCGGCCUCCAACUCGCUAACACACACAUACUGACAGGCUCGCCUGGCUGUGGCAAAUACUUGGGGCCGUCGUCUCGACGGUUCUUCCACGGAAGAGUACUCACCGGGAAGAAACGGACGGAAAUUAAAUACUCCCAUUUGGCGAGGAAGGAACGACCGACGAGAGGAAAGGUGAUGUCGGUUUGGUAGGCUCUUGGCACAAGCAGCCAGGAAAUAGCUAUUUAAUUGUUCUCCACUUGCUGCUUGCCGAUUGGAUUGAUUGCCGCUCCCCCCGCAUAUCUGCCUUCGAGUGCCCGGGGAGAGGGAAGAAAGCCAUAUCAAAUCGAUUCCCGGCUGGAUUGGAAUGCCGGGUGUUUGGGGCGAAUGAGAAGCUGAGAGCUGCCUGUCUACGAUUGAAGAAAGGCUACCUUUUUCCGCGAACCUUCGCCGAGAAGACAUCCGUAUUUGGGAUUACCAGCGCGCAUUAAGAUUUGCGGCCGCGACCGCGGCCUCCCCACUGCAAAGACGUGAUAAGAUUGAAUUUUUAAUAUAUGGCAAACUGGAAACGUUUCGGAACUGCAUCACUGCGCCGCAAUGCGCUGCAACGGGAAGCGGGCAGCCGUGAAUCGGUAAAACCAUAAUCGGCAACUAAGUUGCACGAAAAAAAAAAUUAAGUACAGUAGAACCACAAUCGCGCCAGUCAUCGUAAAAUGUAGCCCUCACCUCGGGUCAGCCCGAGCUUGUCCGAGUCGUUUUUUUAUUUAUUACGCAACCAUCAAGUUGAGCCGGCCGUGCCGUGAACACCAACUGGGACCGGAAGUGGAUCAAUCGAGAGUUGAAUCGAGCAAUGGCAGAAAUAAGCCCAAGUGGAACACAGACGGGUGGAGGAGCUAAUGCCACGCAAGGUCCUCCGGUGCCAGCCGUGCGAACUUCAUCGCUUCAACCGGUUCCCCCGCCCCGAACUACGACGCAGGCAAUAGUGCACCACUCGGCUCCUUCCCAGCAACAACAUCAACAGCAACAACAACAGAACCAUCACUUGCAACAAUAUGUUAGUCAACAGUCCCAACAACAGCAGCAACAUCAUCAUCCUGGAGUACAGCAUCCGCCACCGCCGCCACCAUCGCAAUCGUCGAUCCCGCCGAACACUAAUCAGAUUUUCGCUACAACCGGUUUACUGAGUGGACCACGGCUCGUCGUGCUGCAUCGGCACAAUGGCGAUUUUGGAUUCACCCUGCGGCACUUUAUCGUGUAUCCUCCGCCGGAAGCGACCUCAGACCCCAACGCUGGCCGAUUAGCGGCUGCUGCCGGUAUGCCCAACUUUGCCCAGCCAAUGGACACCGUGUUUGUGAAGAAGGUUCAUCCGAAUUCACCGGCAUUCCUUGCCGGACUGCAGGAAGGUGACCGGUUGCUUGCAGUGAAUGGCAUUUCGGUGGCUAGCCUCCCCUACGCCCAGGUUGUGGCCACGAUUCAGCAAACCCCGAAAACUCUGACGCUGCAGGUUGUACCCAAGAACUACGAUCUGCUGCAAACGUAUUUCAGCGAAACGGCCUACAAUCCGGAGACGAACCAGCGACCUCAACCGCAACAGCUCUUCCUUCCGAAGGCGGCCUCAACGCCAAACUCGCGAACGGCUGGAGUCAAACGAGUACUGACCGACGUACAGGAAAAGCAGGAAUCUCUCUACAGCACGCUUCAGGAAAUUGUUGGAAACGCGGCAGUCCCCACAUCGGCAGCAGCCACAUCAAACGCAAAUAAAGCAAUCUACGCGGAAGUUUCCAAGGUUCGAUCACCACCGGUAGCAGCUGAAGCUCCCAGCAACCUUCCAAUGCCUGUGCUACAACAGCGCUCCAAUAACCCACUGGUUUUCGAUUUUGAUCCAAUCAAGCAGCAGCAAUAUCUCGCCCAGCAGCAACAUCAACAGCAGUUGCAGCAGCAACAACAAAAAUAUCUGCAGCAAGGAAAGGAUAACGAUUCGAUCAGUUCGUACGAUUCGGUGAAAUCUACUGCUACCCUCUCGGCCAACGACGUCCUGAUGGGCGGCGGCGAUAGUGCAAUAAUGUCCCGGCAGCGGAAAAUUUUCGAAAAGAAGGAAGAAUUUCUACUGUAUCCACACUCGGCUCUGCAGCGGGAAUUCUAUGGACGACCAAAGCGGUUAGAAAAACCUGUCUGGCCACCGCCAGCCGGUACCACCAAUCAACCACAACAACUUAUGCCUGUGAUAACCGCUGCUACCAACGAGCAAGAUUCCUUAGCAACAAAACCAACGAAAGCAUCCUUCGGCACGCAAACGACAAAAGCCGCUGCAGCAACAAUUGCCGCUAAUUCAAGUAACCCGGCUAACAGUCGAGAGCAGCGUACGACCCAUCUGUCAACUAUUCGUGAACAGUUCUUUAGCGGAAUUAACGGAACCGGCAGUGUUCCCCAGCAGCCACAACACCCGUCAGAGUUGGGCUUUACUGUAUCUCCUAAAUCGGCACCUCCAUCGUUAACCAUACAACGGGAGCAACAGCAGCAGCAGUUGCUACUACAGCAACAGAAUCAGCUCAGUGGUUCACAAUCUGCGCUUCCAUUGUCCCCGCAAAGUAUGCACGUUGUUUCCGAGAAAGCCAAACUAUUUGAAUCCGGCAGGCCACUGUCUCCGGAUGGGAUUGAUCGAGCUGAACUGUACAAAAGUGAGCUUAGCAGAAUGAACACUAAACAAGUAGUGCCAAACGUUGCCGUGCGACGGAAAGAGUUCGAGCGUAAAGCGGAAAGCACUGGAUGGAGAAGAUCUACCGAAGAAAAACCACGCUCCAUCAGUUCCGAUUCCGAUAGCCGCCGAACACCGGUCCGGGUGAGAUCUCUUUCGGUCGAAUCCAGUUCGAUCAAGGACCCAACGCUGCUGUACAAUGACAGCGUCACCAGCAGUGAUGAUCAGCAGCUGGUGAUUGGCUCUGGACCAUCACCGGGGUCGUGCACUUUGCUGCGUCAGCGUCCGGUGCGGGAAAAUUCCUACCGAAAUGCGCUCCGUAGCUCGACAGCCUUUUGGCUACAAGGACCAGCCACAUCGGGAUCAUUUGUACCGCCACCGUCAGCCUUGAGUCCUCCUCCUGUUCCUGCUCCUCCUCCUCCGGCAUCAGCACCGGCCAGUACUACCCACGGUCCUGCAUCCUUUCCCUUUACCAAUUCCAAAUCACCACCGGCGCCAUCGACCUCGCUAACGCUCGGUAUAGCACCGGUUGCUCCGGCACGUACCUAUGCGGCAACGCAUCGGUUGCAUCCCCUCACGGAGGAACAGUUUCGGCUGAGGAUGUUGCACCGAAAUCAAACGAUCGUAGAGGUUCAUAGUCAACCUAGCUCGGGAAUUGGUGGUGCCCUUAGCAUCGCUAACAGUAGUAACAGUAGCAGCAUCAGCGACGAUGGUGGUGGUGGUGGUGAUGGCGAUGUCGAUAUGAUGUCGUCAGUUCCUUCCUUUUCUUCCUCCCCCGUGAUGAUUUCCCCUUCGAUUACAACCGGCGGCACUAGCACAUCAGUAGCACCGGUGGCGAUGGCUGCUUCCGGUAGUGGUCCUCCGGUGAAUGCUGCUGCUGCAGCUCCUUCUACGGCGGCAGUCCGACCGACGACGUUGAAUUUGUGUUCAGAUUCCAGCCAAGUUGUGCUUCGCCAGAAACAGCAGAAACAACAGCAGCAGCAGAAAAACGCAACGCUAACCAUCGAAGAGGAUGAACGAAAAACCCGCCGGAUAUCGUACCUGCGGGCCACGGCACACGAUAACAUGUUCCAGAUGGAGUCGGACCCCUCGGACAGUAGCCCCAUGUCGUUGCCGGCCGAUACGCCCGACACCGAACCGGAAGCGAUCUGUGACCAACAACCGCAGCACCAACAACAGCAACAGCAGCUUCAGCAGUCGCAGUCCAUCGCCGGUGGUGAUCCGCCACCGGUUGGUCAACUACACCACCAGCAAGUGCCACAGCAACUGAAAAGCGCGUAUCGUCCCUGGCGGCGUCCGCGUUUAACCGGCGACAUUCAGCCGCUGCGAAGGCUGUUCGAUGAAUCACCGCCGAUUAUCAAUCUGCCGCCGAUUCUCGAACAGCCUGCGACCCCCACGUGUGGUGGUGGAUCGGUUAUGGAUCUAUCCAAGCUUCCCUCCGCAUCCAUAACGGAUAGCGAUGGCGAAGGGGAAUCGAUCGCCGGGACACCUAGUCCUGUUCCGAGAGCGAAAGCGACUGCGCUGGCACUGCAAAAGCGCUCAUCCUCGCUGACGACGGCGACUACGCUGACGGAUCAGCUGCGGGGGAGCAGCCUGGGGAAUCUGCAUGUGAUCACCACUACGUCCGCUUCCGGUGUCGUCACGAGGAGUUACUUCUUCGCCCAAAGUCACAGUGCCAAAUCGAAAGCGCUGGCCCACUUCCGGGACUCACCGGCGGACCCGUCGGUGCCGGUGCAGCGCGAGGGGGAACUGAACAUCAAGGUGACCCUGAUCGAUGGUAAACGCUCCCAGGACCGGAGCUGGCGGACGGUGCACGCCGAACUGCGCGGAACUCGCCUCAAGCUGACGCUGAUUCGCGACGGGAAAAGCUCCAGUCAGAGCCCGGAACCGUCAGGAAUAAUCGAUCUCACCAACUUUCACGUGGCCGAAGGCAAUUACACCAAGCGGAAGAACGUGUUCAAGCUGACGACGGUGUCCUACCACCAUCAGCAGCAUCCGCAUCAGCAGCAGCAACAGCAACAGUAUCAUCCAAUGAAUGCCGCCCAGUCCCAUCAGCAUCUGGCACUGCAUCAUACGCAGUCUGCGGCCGGUGGGUUGGUGGGCCUGGCGGGAACUGGACCCUCGUCGGCGUCCUCCUCGGCGGCUACCUCGCUGUACAAGGGCUACGAAAGGGAGCUGCUGAUACAGGCCGAUUCCCACAACGAUAUGCGGCUGUGGAUGGACUCGCUGCGGACGGUGUGCCGGAGCAGUCAGUAUUUGAACAGUAGUGAUUACAUCAACAACUUCGGCGGUCAGCAAGCCGAACCCCAGCGAGUGGCCGCCCUAACGAGUGUGCAAUCAACAACCAGCAACGACGAAUUCUCGCCGGUCCUAUCGGCAAAAUCACACCGCAAGUAUGCCCUCGGGUCACGAUCUCCCUCCGGCCAGUCACCGGUUACCAAAAGCCGCAAAACACCGCAACAUAACUCGGCAGCGGUUCUCACACCGGCGGCGAUAGCCAACGCCAACAGUCACCACAGUGGGAAGGAAAGUUCGGACAAGGAAACCGGAUCGCCUAAAUCGAAAACCUGGAAAGGGAUCGUUGCCCGGCAGUUUCGAAAGAUGCAAGGUCAGCCGGGUUCCCCGGGAGCCCAGCAUCCGGAAAUGUUGCUACCCGAUGGAGCUUCCAUCAAUGCUCCUCUGCCGCUGUGUCCACCGUCGGAUGAAAACCCGUAUGUUCCUUUGCUGCUAGCUAAGUGUACUGGGAUCGUGGAAACUAAGGGACUGGGAGUGAUAGGAAUCUAUCGGAUACCGGGCAAUACGGCCGCGAUAUCCCAGCUGACCGAUCAGGUAAAUCGCGGAAUGGACGAGGUUACCCUCCGGGAUCCCAAGUGGGAGGACGUAAAUGUGGUUUCCUCGUUGCUGAAAUCGUUCAUACGGAACCUACCGGAACCGUUGCUACCGAACGAACUGUACCAUAGCUUUAUCUGUGCCGAUAAACUGUCCGGCCAGGCGAGACUGAUCGAGCUGAAGCAACUGCUGAAGCGAAUCCCGACCUACAACUACGAAACGUUAAAGCAUCUGAUGCGUCAUCUGCACGCCGUCAGCACCAACGCGCUGGUCAAUCUGAUGGACCCGCGAAAUUUGGCAAUUGUUUUUGGUCCGUCGGUGGUGCGGUCGGUUAACGAGUCGCUGGAAACGGCCGUCAAGGACAUGAAGCACCAGUGCCAAAUCGUGGAAGUGCUUAUUACUCAUUAUCAAUACUUCUUCGAAGACGAUCUAUUGCCGAUUGUGGUGGAGAAACAAUCAACUACUACCGUUGAUUCGGGUUUGGAUGUACCGUCUACAUCGCUGUUGUUGGAUAAUGUUUCCAAAAUUGAACCCUUCAGAGAAUCAUCAAAGGAGAGUAGCUCACAUUUCGUGGCACAGAUCGUUCAGGCGGCCAAUAGGAAGAUUCGAAGAACGGCACAGCGAAAGAGCACCAUGUCUUCGACGACACCGGACACCCUCUCACUGGAUAGUACAACGUCAGCGGAAUCGAAGGAACGUGCAACGUCCCACAAAACCACCCACCAGAAUAACCAUCGAUAUUUGCAUCCGAGCAGCGCGGAGGCGGCGGCGGCUGCUCCUCGCAAUGGAAACCACCACGACGGUACGAGUGGUAGUGGUAGCCAGUCGGAUCCGGUAGCAGCGUUGUUAGCAGCAGCACCGCGUGGUGCAGCAGCACCAACCACCACCAUCGUAGGGUCCGAUGACGGUCAGAAGGAGAAUCUGGUGCAUCAACACCAUCACCAUCAUCAUCACUACUAUCAUCACCAUAGCGGGGGCAGUGGCAGCGGGGACAGCCGGCACCACAGCAGUCAGAGUAAUGAUGAUAAUUCGUCAGUAUUAAACCGGUCCUCGGAGGAGGACUCGAACGAUAGUGCGUUUGCUGAUAAUGGUUCGAUGUCCCUCAAAACGAUCACGAUCACGCUGGACAACAAGCUGCGCUCGCUGCGUACCUCCUCGAUCGAUUCCGAUCGGGACGUGGCGGAAACGACCCUGGAAAGCGAUUGCGACAACAGCAGCAGCUGCUACAGCACUGCCACUCCCGGCGAUCCGAAUCCGACACCGACGCGUCGUUCAGCGCAUCACUCCAGACCGCUUACGCUCGGCGAAAACAUUCCAUACGCGGACGAGUCCCCGGAACGGCCACUCAUCCAGCCCCGUUCGAAACCACUGCGGCAGCAUAGUAACAGUAAUGGUAACUUUCCCAAAUCCUCCGACACCAGUAACAGCAACAGUAAUCUGGUUAAUAACAACAACAACAACACCAGCAAUGCCAGCACCCAUGACGAUUCGGUCAAAUCGGUUCAAUCGCUGGACAGUGGCGGCGGUGCGACCAUCAACUCGGGCAGCGCCAACGACAGCUGCGUAACACUGGUCAACGAACCACCGGACGAGGACGAAGAAGAUAAGGUGAACAACAUUUCGAUUAGUUCCGACGAUACGGACACUUCCACGACUAGUAAUCCGCGGGAGAAGUUAACCGCUACCUACCGCAUCGAUACGGAAGUGAUUAAGAAAAUGAAUCGGAUUCUGACGAAUCUGGAGCGAAAGGCGAACAAUCUUGAGCGGAAGUUUAAUCUGAACCGGUCGCUGUCUUUGAACUACAAAAAUCACAAGAAUUCAGAGUGCUGUUGUGGGCACGCGGUGGCUACGGUCCCAGGAGGAGGUCCGCUACCUUUGGCUAUGCAGUGCUGCAAUAAUAACCUGCACAAUCAUCAGAAUAAUAAUAAUAGUGUGAGUGUGCACAACAGUUUGAAUAUGCGAUCGCGGCUGUCGCUAACGAAGGACGAAAAAACGGACAAGAACAUUAACCGGCGGAGGCAGAUUCACGACGUCAGUCAGACGACGACGGUGGCGAGUAGUGAGAGUAGCUGUUGUGGACAGGAUCAUCAGCUUUUACCGGUGGGACCUCAGAUUAUAUUAACGCCUUCGGCGAAUCCUCCGCCAGCGACGGCGGCGACGGUGACGGGUGGUGGAGGACGACAUCGGCGUCAGUUGGGUAAUAGGUCUAUUCGAAGGAGGCAUACGGUCGGUGGAACACAUGACUACUAUUCGAACAAAAUGGGACAUAAUGGGUCACAGUGUCAGCAGCAGCAACAGCUACAACAACAGAAUGUGACUGCUGGACGAGGAGGGACUACGGUAGGGUGCGUUGGGGCCGUGCAGCAACAACAAGCGGUUUGCGGGGGUGAUGAUAAGGGAUGCAAGGAUUUGGAGUAGAUUGUAAGUGAAUGUGGCUCGUUUGCGGGGAGCGGGUUUGUGGCCGAAUUUAGGUUUGUGUUUUGUACGAGAUUGAUCGUAUGUUCCAUUGUCGAUUCUUCACAUUUCUCAUUUAGUUGGUUAGCUAUUUCGAUAAGUUUUCGAAAUUGAUUGUGCAGUAAUAGAACAAUUUAUUAUUUUCAUGCAUAUUGCCGAGUAUUUGCAGCGAAACUUUGUUGAUGGUUUUAUUACGUGCAAAAAGCUUGCAUCUGCGUUCGAACAGCAUGAGAUACUAGCUAAAAAAAUCUCUCGAAUCAAACGGAAGUUGACGUCCAUUUUCAAGGUUAGGGUCACCUAGCAUAAAGCCAUGCGGCAUAAAAUCAUCGAUCAUGACGGACAGUUGGCGUAAUGGUUAUUUGGCAUAAUAGUCAUUAGAGAACUGAACGUCGUUAUUAUAGUUUGAAUUCCAAGGCUCACAGCAAAAUUCCAAGAUUGACGCGACGAAGAACUACAGCGAUUGAGAUAACUAUUGUUUUUUUUUGCUAUCCUGAAGAUACACUCCAGCAUUCAAGAUGCUUUUUCAACUGUAUAUGAGACCUGUUAUUUUAACGUAAGGUGGUUGGUUGGUCAGUGACAAUAGGAAACUCUAUCUCUGGAGCAUUCACCACUCUCUCAAGUGUACCGCAAGGAAGCCACCUUGGGCCUCCGUUAUUCUUGAUCUUCAUCAACGAUAUUAAUCUAUGAGAACGAGUUUAAUCAGUCGAGAGCGCGAUGUCGUGGUUAAUUUUAUCAAAUGCAGUAUAGACGGCGUCCGUUUGAUGCCCUUUCUCCAACUCCUGGACCAUAAAGCAUGUAUAACACACUAGAUUGGUAUGUGUUGAGCGCUUAGGAAUGAACCCGUGUUGAUCGAUGAAAAUACAAUGUGAGGUGCAGCGUAGAAUGAAAUCCACAAUUAGCAGCUCGACUAGCUUACCACGAGAGUUCCAAACGAUACACUUGCUACGAUGAAUGUGGAUGACAAUGGUGACGCCACGUUAGCUCCACAAUUUUUUAAAACCAUCGAUGGAAUGCCAUCUGGACCAAGAUAGGAUGAGCGUUUGUGUCGUGAGCAUGCUUCUAGGAAAUUAACGUUGGAUACUUCUCCAUCAUCAUUGACCAUAGUAUUAGGAAGUCAACUUUUGGGAUUGAGUUUCAGAUUGUUUUGAAAUCUUUUAGCCGAUUGCACGAAUUGGUCGAUACCGUAAAGCAAGAUGUGGGUCAAAUUUUUGGCAACGACUCAGCUUCGAUUAAUUUCUAAUUGAUGUACAGAAGUAGCAGUUAAUUGCUACUUGCGUCGCCCUGAUCUGAAUGGUUUAACGGUCAUAAAGGAAGGCCAGCGAUCGACGGUCAUUUCGAGAGUCUGAAACUAAACGAUGUCAACAUAAAUCAAUCAUAUCUCCAGCCGGUAUUGCUGUAGCUGUGAGCAGCUACUUGCUCAGCAGUGGUAGCAGGAUCAAAUAAUUUAAUGUAAAAACUAAGCGUUAGGUCGGAUCGAGCUCGAUGUUGAUGUUGCACAAAAUGCACAGUGUCCUCCUCGGCUGGCCGUAUACCCGAAACAUGUUACCUGACAAAGAUGCGACUCCACAUACUAAAGCCGGUCCAGUGAGCUGUAGUGAGCUCGGAUUAGCGCACUCAGAUGGAUCCGCAAACGGGUUACUACCAGCAGGAAAUGAACUACCCUUUUGGUUCAAGUUAAAGUUAGUGAGCUGGCAGCAGGAAUAGGUGCUGAAAGCGAGAUCUGGGCCUUUUUUUUAAUGGUGCAGCAUUAUUUCCCAGCUCGGCUGGGGACAUAUACCUGAUAACGCGCAGAUCACAGCAGCUGCGGGUUCACUGCCCAUGAUCGCAAAUCAGCGCCAUAAAGAUAGGAAAUGCCAUAGACAACGGGACAAAUAUGCGAUCAUGGGUAGCUCAGCAGACAAAGAUGCCCAAUUAUGUUGAACGAUGUUUGGUUGAGAGUUGUGUUGAUGAUGGAAAGGUGUUCGUAACAUAGACAAUCGAAACAACCCCGGCGCCAGAGAGUUCAAGCACUUUAUCGGCGGUGGAGUGAGGCGAAUUCUGGGUCGUUUUAGACUGAUCCAAUUUUUGCGUUUCCGUUUAGCUAAGCAAUUGCGCUUUGGUCCGGUAGCUAAGAUAACUUCCUGCGUAGGCAAAGUCACAGAAUUGGUAGGUAUGUUCGGUAGUGCUUUGUCAAAGUUAAAAUUGGAUCGCGUUACGAGACCAAUCGCUGGAAGGUGCAAUGUGAUUCCAAUAGGUUGUUCUUCUUGAUUAAGCGAAAAGGACGGUGCUCCUUCAAAUUUGACCUAACGAAAAAGUGAUGUGCAUUACGAUACCCUCUCUGCUUGGUACCGAAAGCCAAGAUCAUUUUUGGUGUUCAGUUGGAGAUCACUGACGAUUUGAACCUACGAGAUCCACAGAUCUGCUCAAUCAACCAAUGCUCAUAAAGCAGUUACAGUGUUAAACCGACAGAAUGAAGCGAGAUGGUUCAGAGUAUCGAGUGGCUCCCAAGAACGGUGUUUUCCCGAUAGAUGCAGCUAGAAUCAAGUUAAGCGACAUAAAAAUACCCGAAUUAUUUACCGGUGCGUUCAUUCUAUUUACUCUUUGUCUAUAGUCAUUCAACUUAAAUACUAAAGAUGCGUCAAUUCCUUGAAUACGCCUUCGCGGCAAGGAAUCGAAAGUUUGAUUAUAAUACUGGUACAAUUGUGGUAUACGUAUUAUAAAUGAGCGAGGAUUGCCGACGGGAAAAUGGCCUCGGAUUGUACCGCUAGGUUUCUGUCAUUUUGAAAUGAACCAUUGGUAAAUCGAUAGAGCUAACACCUACUACCUCCCGAGAUUAUGUUGUUUGCAUGGGUUGAUUUGACCAUAUACAGAAAAUCUUUUUUAUUAUACCACACACACACACACACUGUCGAAGUCAAAAUUAGCAUUCCUGCACGCUUUUUACGACUUGGUGCAUCGGUUUAUCGACCGCUUCAUCGGCCGGACAGAAUAUGGCGAGUCAGCGCCGAAUUCUUCUGUUUACCAUACGCUUGGUCUAUCUCAUGACGAAAAAAUCGAUGAUUCGGUACUCCAGUACAAAAUUCUGUCAUCGCGAAUUUGAGAUCGAAGUUGGCCUUGAUCAAACUAAGACGUGCUUUCCACAUCUAUCGUGUUGUAUGUGUAAAAAAUGUUACAAUAAAAGUGACAGUAGUUAAAGAGAGAAAAAAAUCGUAGCACGAAAGGGAAGCAGCCAGACGUUGCCCCUGACUUGGUCGUCGCAGCAAAAACAUUACCAACCUUUCGAUAUGCAUCAGUUACACGGACAUUGCUGGUAAGAGAAACGGAACGAAAUGCCAACGGGUCAUUCACGAAUAUGCAAAGAAACGAUGAGCUCGUUCUAAUAUACCAUUACUGCUCAUAUUUUGAUAUUGAUAUACCACAUGUAACGCUAACCGCUUCUUCCCUGCUGAACACAGGGCCGAUACAACGCUGGUUAUAAGUGACAUAACUCUGCUGGGGGAACUGAGGGCUUCCAGCUUGCUUUCUACGGUGCGUCACGAUGUUUAACAAUCGUCUUUUGACUGGUCGUAACAGUAGUGUAUAGGUAGCGUUUAGGGGAGAUGUGUUCUAAAACCCCAGAAUGUCUCCGAAACCUUUUUGUUCCGCCGAUCCCGAUUUUGAAGGAGAUGAAUCUCAAAUCCAACAACAGAAAUUAUCGGUACCUUGUCUGUGUCGAACUUCAGUCUGUCACAGGUUGGAGUAGGAAUUGUAGGUUGAGCUCUUAAGUGUGUCGCUCGGGAGACCAAUCCAGCCAGUGCUGUUUUAUGAGUCUCGCUCAGUGAACGAAAUCCAUCACUCGUUGCACCAAAUGCAAUGUUUACUGCAGCGAAUUUAAUCAGAAUAACGCAGUUUUUGCACCGCCGCUGUACAUAUAACGGUCCCAUUUGUAUAGAAAAUCCCAUAGCACAUGAGACAUGCUUAUAGCGGCAGUGCAGCGCCAAAGAAAGACUGCGUCGUCUAUCAAGAUCAUAUCCGUACGAGUCAGAGACGAACGAGUGAGGUGCAUGAUCCUGUUAUAAAAGCCUUGACAUUUCUAUUGGCCAAGUGUCAUCACUGAUUCAGAGCACUUUGCACAGCACAGAGCAAAUUGAAUACAUUACGCCAACCAGUAGGCAACGGUAUUAACGUUGAAACUGAACUUUCAUGCUGGCAGCUUCACCAGUUUGCUUCCUGAUGGCGCCUCAAUUGAAAUAUUCGAGCGUGUAAGGCCGCUUACAGAGUGGUGGCGAGAAGCUGAGCUGGGGCUGGUUAGGAUGACAUUAGGAUGCGAGAAACCUGCUUGCAAUAUAUCAAAUGGAGCCUGGCAGAGUAAAAGCAGGUAGUCGAUUCAGAUCUUUGUUUUGCAUCAAGCAGGUUUCUCGCAUCCUAAUGUCAUCCUAACCAGCCCCAGCUCAGCUUCUCGGCGCCACUCUAUAAGCACCGUAAGUAAAUUCAUGAAAGCGGUUUGGUGGCUGGAGAAUUUUUACAAAACGAUUGCACCAUACUUUUGAUUUUUUAUUACCAUUCGAUCGAUAAUCAGUAACGCCCAAAAAAAUUUAUGCGACAUUGAGUGCAACCGGCGGAAUAAAGAGUUUUUGGACCGGGGAAAUAUCAGAAAAAAAAUAAUCUUUUUAUAUUGACAUAAACAAAAACAAACCUCAGUGACAGGAACACAGAGUUGAAGUCACAAUAGUUUUUUAUCAUUUUAAAUUGCGAUUCUGGUCUACCAAUACAAGAAUAAGUUUAAUCCAACAAGACCAUUUUUAAAUGCUAAAUAUACACUAUGCCAUAUGACCUUAUAUCAACUGACCUAAUAUCCUCAAUGUUCAAACGCUCUAGCGACCGCUUCACGUAAAUGUGCUCGGACCAUGUCCGGCCAGAACACGACAUGGUCCUUCAGGUGGUGUUUCCCAAUAAAGACCAUAACUUCCGGUAAGCCUUUCGUGCGGUGCAUCUCCCUGCUGUCCGGAAACUGUGAAAAAAUGAAGACCUGCUUUGACAUCUCACCGAUUGUCAGCCACUUUCCUGGAGAACUUCGUGUGGGAGAUAUACUUCACGUUGCUGCUCGCCUACUUCCAGGGGGACGUGAAAUAGCCGGUCCCCUGUCAGUCAUUGCCGUCAAGCGUAAGAUACGUCCCGUUGUCCAUGAUCACAACCAAGUUGCGCUUCGCAUGGAAAACAUCCUUGAAGAGCACAUUCAGUCGCUGGUUUUGGACGGCCGCUUGAGCUUUCGACGCGGCCGGUCUCGAUUUCCGCUUCCUCAUGACGAUGUCUAUCUUUUUUUUUUUUUACAAUGGAGAAGACCUUUACGUCCUAGCCCAGUACACGUGCUAUUGGUAGGGUCCAAUCUACCACACGGAGUGCACUGGGGGCGUGUCGGGCUCGAAUGGUGACCAGCCAUUAAUACCGACUAAACUCCAUUGGGCUCCGCCAUCAUUCCUCCCAGGAACUACCUCUCGGUAUUACUUCUGGGGGGAUGGCUGUACUAAAUGUACUCAUUCACUCUCACUCACGCGUUCAUACGUCCUGUAUGAGGCUUACUUGGGUGCUCUCUCAAUCGCACUUUGAUUCACUCUCAAACACUCCCACAUGAGGCUGACUUUUGUGCUCACCUUUUUCAUUCCUUGCUAGGCUGACUUUUGUGCUAGCCUCUACCAUACCAUGUGAGGCUGACUUUUGUGCUCACCCUUAACAUGCCGUGUGAGACUUGUAUGCUCACCCUUUCACUCCUCUGCCACGCCAUGAGGUAUCGAUAGCUAAGUCCCAACAAACUAAAGUAGAAAUCCCGGACUAAAAAUCAAAUUUUGUUUAAAUGGUUCAGAUUUUCAGCAAAGUUGCCAAAUAUUGUGUUUGGAACAAUUUUGUUCAAAAUACCAUAUACAUACUGUAGAUUUAUUUUUUUAGCCGCAAUCGUUGUUCUUUGGCAGUUUAACUUCAAAAUUUAUAUUUUUUUCACUUUUCCAUAUUGUAACCGUAAUUCAUUAUCUCAAUAUGUUCUGUAUGCUGGUAGGUGCGUGCGAAUUAUAAGAUUUUGGGAAUAGCUAAUAAUGUAUAUAAAUUAAAAAUAAUAUAAACACAUUUUAUGUUAUAAACCGUCGCACAGUGGCGGAUUUCCCUAAAAACCUGGCCAAAAGUCGAAAAUGGUUUUGAUUGACCUGCAAAGGUACAUUCCACGGUUUUUUGGGGCGUAGAUUACGAUUUUGAUAUCAGAUUUUCAAUAUUCAUAAUGGCGGAUUUCAAAAUGGCCGACAUUUUAAUCUGAAUAUAAGUAAAUGGUUCCAGUGUAUGCCAAUAACGUUUAUAAUGCAUCGAAUUUUAAAUUGUGUGUAGUUAAAUGAUAGAAUUUGUUGAUUUGCACGCAUUAAGAUGUUUGGGUGUCUAGAUGAUGUAGCUAUUGUGAGAAUUGAUUUUAUUAGUCUAUGUAUUUUGAAAUAUAUAACAAGUUUACAAAACUUUUAAACUCUCGGUACGAUUAUUAUUCAAUUACAUAUUUCUCAAAGAACGAAAAAUAGUAUUUUUCUAAAUUAUAGAAAUUCGCCAAGCUGGAGUGUGCGCCAAAGUAAACUUUAUGGCCAAACCACGGCCGGAGAUCCCAGUAUUCUUUUGUACUACUUUACUGAUUUUCGUUCGUAGUAUCCAGUCAUAUAUUUCACCUCUAGAUUUGUUUUGCUUUGCAUGAUCAAACGUCAUAGCUUCCCGGUAACGUUUAGGCAUGAUAUUCAUAAUCGAUUUUUGAAAUUUGUAACCUUUGGCGAUCACUUCUGUUGACCUCGUUGGUUUUCAAUAAGAUCGACCAAAAUUAUUUACGUUUUUUGCGUGCCACUUUUAAACAUGUUUAUGAAACUCGAGGAAAUUUUCCCCACUAAAUACACAAUUCUUCCUGAUCAAAAUGCAGUAUUGUGCGACUCGCUAUGACAACCGGAGGUGCAGCAGUAAAUGAAAGUACGAGUCCAAAUUUUAAACUGAAAAUCUUUUAAUCCAACCUCGUCCCACUUCAUCAAAGAUUACUCAAAAACGGGCAAAUUCGGGCAAGAAUUCUAUAAUGUUCCUAAUAGAGAAUCGUUCAAGGAACACAAAUUGCCUUGAAACAUAGUGGACAUACGUGGACCAAAAAAGUAUUUCAAUAAUUUAGCAAAAAUGUGUAUUGAAAACGACUGCUACAAAAGCGUGAAAGUUAUUGACAUUGUCUAUAAACAAACAAAAUAAUAUCUUUUAACAUCAAUACAUAUAAAUAAAGUACAUACUGUCAGCAUAACUUUCCAUUAUUCUAUAAUCGAAAUCGGGACUAUGAUCAAAAUCCAGCUAAACUUGAAUAACAUUGAUAUUUCGAGCGCUUGAUAAAAAAAAAUGUGAACAAAACACGAUAGUUUAAGCUGUUUGGGUGUGCCAACAACUCAAAUAUGGAAAUUUUGGAGUGUUUCACUUAAAAUAGCAUGCGGCAGCACCAUCUGAAGGACAAUAUAUGUACUAGAACCCAAAGUACGACCAUAAAAUUUUCGACUUUUGGCCAGGUUUUUCGGCAAAUCCGCCACUGUGCGUCGUACAUGAAUAGUAACCCAAACAAAGCAUCCAACUAUAUCCUGUUUCCAUGUAAUAUUAAAUGUAUUCUAGGAAUAAUAUAGUAUCGGAAUAGCCAAAGUUUGGCUGCACAAAAGUGCAUAAAAAAACAAAAAUCUUUGAUGAAAAUACAGCAAAUUUAUAUGAAAAAUAGUUUUAGAAGCCAAAAAAUUGAUUUUACGUUAUUAGUUCCUUCAACAAAAAGUUGUAUUUUUUAGUGAUACCAGCAAGUUUAUAGAAAGUAUUAAAUCAGUCAGUUGAGGUUUUAGCAUGAAACAGUAAAAAAACUAAUUUUUUGGUCAUAUUUACAAAAAACAACAAUUUUGCCUCAAAAAUGAGGUCUGAUGUCUGUGGUAUCUUGGAAGAAGUUAUUAAAAACAUAAUGUUCUACAACUUUGUCGAAGACAUCGACCCUCUAAAAAAAUUUCUUGAAAUUUUUUUUUGCUCGGGUACUCUAGUUUAGUCCAACCAAAAAAUUUUCUUUUUAAAAAGUUGCAGGAUAAUAUUUUGAAUAUAUCCUACAAAGAAAUGCUGGCUCUAAAAUGACAUCUAAGGCCUCAAAUAGGUUUCCACUCAGUCCACUUAUACGCCUAUACACUCACUCUUCUGUCUUGCUUCGGGGUGGCUGGGUUUACCCCUUACGCGGUUGCCAUUCGCUGCGCCAAACCUGCCUCGGCAUGAACAGACCAUUCACUCCCUUUUUUUGCGUUUGGCCUUUUUCGCUCCAGCUAACCAAUCACUAGUUAGCCGUGCCCAUCUUCUCCACCGAUUGACACAUCCGCUGAAUAAGGGUAUCCGGGGUUGUGUCCCAGCCACAGACGCAUUGCUCUUCUUUCGACGUCGAACCGAUGGCAUACGAACAGUAUGUGUUCGGCAGUUUCGUCUACACCUGGGCAGACUGGGACCUCCGCGUGCCCGAACUUGUGGAGGUACUGACGGAAACAGCCAUGGCCUGACAGGAAUUGUGUCAGGUGGAAGUGAACUUCCCCAUGGGGUCUUCCCACCCAGCUCGAUAUGCUAGGUAUCAGCCGGUGGGUCCACCUACCUUUCGAGGAGUUGUCCCACUCACGCUGCCAUCUGGCGACCGAGGUCACCCUGGUGCGCUCGCGGGCUCCUCUAUUUCCACGUAGCUCGAAACACUCCUGAUCUUCCCGAAUGUCCAGCCCGACUGGCAUCAUGCUCGCUAUCACGCAGGAUGCAUCGUGUGAUACCGUGCGGUAGGCAGAUAUCACUCUGAAGCACAUCACGCGGUAGGUGCUCUCCAGUUUCUGUAGGUAACUGGUUACCUUCAGUGCUCUUGACCAUGACGGGCCGCCGUAGCUGAGGACAGAUACGGCAACGCCUGCCAGUAACCUACGUCUACUGGCGCACAGCUUUGAGCUGUUGGACAUCAUUCUCGAUAGAGCCGCAACAGCAGUCGACGCUCUCUUGCACGUAUAGUCGACAUGGCUGCCGAAGGUCAGCUUGUCGUCUAUAAUGACUCCGAGAGACUUCAGACUUCGCUGUGAAGUGAUCGCGACUUCUCCCACAUGGAUAACUGCAUGUUGUGCCGACUUACGGUUGUUGACGAUAACUACCUCCGUCUUAUGAUGAGCGAGCUCCAGGCCUCUCGCCCUCAUCCAUUCCUCCACCGUGCUGAUCGCGUGUUCUGCGGUUAGUUCUACCUCAGGAAUUGACUCCCCGUAGACCUCCAAGGUUACGUCGUCAGCAAAGCCGACAAUCUUGACCCCAGGAGGGAACUUCAGUCUCAGAACCCCGUCAUACAUGAGGUUCCAUAGCACCGGUCCUAGGAUCGAGCCCUGCGGGACUCCGGCGGUAAUCGGAACCCUUUUCUGACCGGCAUCGGUCUCGUAUAGCAGUACGCGGUUUUGGAAGUAACUUUCCAGGAUCCGGUACAGACCCACCGGUAGGCUAAGCCGGUGUAACGAGAGCGCGAUGGCAUCCCAGCUUGCGCUGUUGAAUGCGUUCUUCACUUCAAGUGUCACUAACGCACAGUAUCGAAUGCCUCGCCUUUUUCGUUGGAUCGCUAUCUCGGCAGUAUUUAUCACUGAGUUGAGAGCGUCCACUGUGGACUUACCCUUCCGAAAGCCAAACUGGUUGCUUGACAGACCGUCCGUACCUUCCGCGUACGGGGUUAGCCUGUUGAGGAUGAUCCUCUCAAGCAGUUUGCCAGUCGUGUCGAUCAGACAGAUUGGUCUGUACGCCGAUGGGUCGCCUGGCGGCUUCCCGGGCUUCGGCAACAGCACCAGUUUCUGCCUUUUCCAUCUAUCGGGGAAACGGCACUCGUCAAGGCACCUCUGCAUAGCUAGCCUGAACAUGUUCGGGUUCGCUAUGAUCGCUGCCUUGAGAGCGUUGUUUGGAACUCCAUCCGGCCCUGGAGCUUUGUUCAUUGCUAGGGAUUUAGCCACUGCGAGUAGUUCUUCAUUCGUCACUGGAGCCACCAUUUCGACCGUGCCCGCACUGUCUCGUAGUGCAGGUGGCCAGGGGCUUGUGGCUCGAGACGGGAAGAGUACUUCGAUAAUCGUUGCCAACCGGUCCGGAGACCGUUCUGGGGGUGAGGAGCCCCCUUUGGUCUUGGCCAUCACAAUCCGGUAGGCGUCACCCCACGGAUUCGCGUUGGCACUCUCACACAGGUUGUCGAAACACGCUCUCUUGCUGCUUUUAAUAGCCUUGUUAAGGGCUAAUUUCGCAGCUCGAAACACUUUACGGCGGUUCUCUCUUGCAUCCUCGGUGCGAGCUCUUUGCAUCCUACGUCUAGCUCUGAGACAGGCUGACCGUAGAGCUGCAAUCUCGGCACUCCACCAGUAUACCGGGCAUCUACCGUUUCUUGACAGUGUUUUUCUCGGCAUAGUGGCGUCGCACGCGCGUGAUAGAACAGCUACCAGCGCAUCCCCGCUUAGACUGUCGGUGUUGGCCUCCAGUCCCAGGGCCGCGGUGAAAGCUUCGCUGUCGAAGUGAUUGGACUUCCACCCGCGUACCUGACAGGGAUCUCCCGCCCUCGGAUGCUGCACACCAUAGUUGAUCCUAAAGCGGAUUGCUAAAUGAUCGCUAUGGGUGUAGCCUUCGUCUACCCUCCAUUCCAUGCCUGGAGCCAGACUCGGGCUGGCAAAUGUUACGUCAAUCCACGCCUCCACCCCGUUUCUACGGAAUGUACUAGCGGAGCCAUUAUUAGCUAGCACGGUAUCGAGUUUCGCAAGCGCUUCCAUUAGCGCUUGACCCCUGCUAUUUGUACAGCGGCUGCCCCAGUCAACUGCCCAAGCGUUAAAGUCUCCCGCUAUGACCACCGGUUUCCGGCCCACUAGAUCCGACGAGAGCCUGUCGAUCAUCUGGUCGAACUAUUCUAUUGGCCACCUUGGUGGGGCGUAGCAGCUGCAAUAGAACACACCAUUGAUCUUGGCAAUCGCCACACCCUCGGCGGAGGGGUGUAUUACCUCUUGAACCGGGAACCGUCCCGUUGUACAGAUUGCCACCAUUCCAGACCCGUCCGACACCCAAUUGCCGUUGCCGGCAGGCAUGCUGAUAAGAGGGCGACAUCUGUUCUCGACUCCGAGACCGACUGCCACAGCAGCUGUUGGGCUGCUGCACAAUGGUUAAGAUUUAGCUGUGUGACGUUCACGGCUUCUUCUUAUUUAACUCACCGAAGGGACACGAAGGUCCGUCCAUAGCAUGUUUAUGGGCUUGCUUCUUAGCGGUGCAGAUAAGGCACUUGUGUGCCUUAGUGCACCCCCGCUCUUUUAUGUCCCUCCUCGCCGCAGCGACGACAUAGUUUGCUCCUAUCUAUGCCUUUGCACUCGUAUGCUUCGUGGCCGGACUCAAGGCACCGAUAGCACCUAUCCACUGAAGGCGGCUGGGGUAUACUAAUAGGGCAUACCGACCAGCCGAUCUUCAGCUUCCCUUUCUCGGUUACCUUUUUGGCAUCCGCCUUCAGUAGCCUAAGGUAGGCUACUUGGGUGCCAGAGGGUCCAUCUCUCAAUCGCACAGGGUUGCUAUGGUUACUAAUAAAAUCCACUUGUUUUGAAGUCAUACUGCUUCUUUUGUUAAUUACUUUUCUCAACGAAUUUUCAUAAACUUUCAAUGUUCCCCGAAUGUGUUCAGUAGAAGAAUACCUUUAGAAAUAUAUAGUGUUCUGAUUAAUUGAAUGAUGAGGUGAUUUUUUAAGAAUUUAUUUUCAAUGUUAACCGUUUUUCCAUACAAACUUCCAUAUAAACUUUGAAAUUUUUGUAGGGUCCGUAGACACAACGAAUCGGUACCAAAAUUUGCACAAUUACUAAGGACCAUAAAAGGAAUCAGAAAAGCCUGGUGGAGCUAAAAGUCAAAAAUUGAUCCAGUCUAAUGUCCAUUUCCGCUGUGAACACAAUCAGUAAGACGUCAUAUUUUUUCGAUAUUGUGCGAUUGAAAUGGUCCAAAUUAAAAAGACUAGAAUAUCAAUGAGGGAAAUGUUGUAAUUUGAAUUGGCUUUUCGAAAUGAAAUACUUGAUCUCCUUAUUAUUUUUAGCCCAAACCAGCACCAUUUUUUUGUAGACAUUCAAAAGAAAUAACAAUGAAUACAGCUUCAUAACUGUUAAUAUUUGACCACGAUCCGAAAACGAGUCACUUCACAUCAGAAAAAGAUUAUU